UAGAUGAUAAUGCCGCACCAGUCACUACAAAAACCAUAUAUUGCAUCUCUUUGCUCUGCACAAAAGCAUAAUCAAACUAACUGAGCGCCUAUUUUGGUUUGAGAUUUGUAGUUUUUGUAUCAUGGCAACUAAGAGCAAAAUCCUAGUGAUUGGAGGCACAGGGUACAUUGGAAAGCACAUAGUUGUGGCAAGUGCAAAAGAAGGUCACCCUACUUUUGCUUUGGUGAGGGAGAGCAGUGUUUCUCACCCUGAAAAGUCAAAGCUCAUUGAGAGCUUCAAGAGCCAUGGAGUCACUCUUGUUUAUGGCGAUUUAAGUGAUCAUGAAAGCCUUGUUAAGGCGAUCAAGCAAGUUGAUGUUGUGAUCUCCGGACCACAAAUAGCUGAUCAAUUCAACAUCAUCAAGGCGAUAAAAGAAGCCGGGAACAUCAAGAGGUUCCUGCCUUCAGAAUUUGGGCUAGAUGUGGAUCGUCACCAUGCCGUUGAGCCAGUGGUGGGCUUCUUUGGUGUAAAAGCGAAAAUUCGGAGGGCGGUGGAAGCCGAAGGGAUUCCUUACACUUAUGUCAGCUCUAAUGGUUUUGCUGGAUACUUCUUGCCAACACUGUUCCAGCAAAAUGUCACAGCUCCUCCCAGGGACAAAGUUGUCAUUCUAGGAGAUGGCAAUGUCAAAUCAAUUACUGUGAAGGAGGAAGAUGUUGCUACUUACACAAUCAAAUCAGUGGAUGAUCCAAGAACUUUGAACAAAAUUCUGUACCUCAGGCCCCCUGCCAAUACUUUAACUUUCAAUGAGCUCGUUUCCUUGUGGGAGAAGAAGAUUAACAAGACCCUUGAGAGAAUUUACCUUUCAGAGGAUCAAAUUCUGAAGAGCGUUCAGGAGACUCCUUUUCCCGGGAACUUGAUGCUGGCAUUAGGCCACUCAACUCUAGUAAAGGGAGAUUCAGCAAACUUUGAGAUUGAAGCUUCAUUUGGGGUGGAGGCUUCUCAACUUUAUCCAGAGGUGAAAUACACCACGGUCGACGAAUAUCUGAAUCAGUUUGUUUGAAAUUUAAAUUUGUAAACUCUGGCCAGAGCCAAUAAGUCAAUAACACUUAUCACACUCACUCACCAGAGUCUCUACUCUGUGUUAUUGUAUAUUUGUAUCUCCUAGUCUUUAUUUCGUUGUGUUUCUGUUAGUAACUUGUUUGCGUUGUUGUGUACUAUUAUUGUUCAGAAAUCUUAAUAAUAUAAACAUCGUAUUCAUAUCAAAA